CAAUGGCGAACCCUUCCUGAUCAUUAAUAACAAGCAUAAAUAUUCAAGCAUCGAUGAGUAGCCCAUGUCGUCCGUAACUGACUCUGUCAUCUUUAGAAACAUAUUCUCUACUCCAGCCAUCUCCUCCGUCUGGUCAGAUACGCAACGUACUUCCUAUUAUCUCCUCUUCGAAGCAUCCUUGGCAUCUGUCCAGGCAGAUAUCGGGAUCAUUCCUCGCGAGGCUGCCGAUGCCAUCCUCGCCUUUUGCCAUGUCACCAACAUAGACUUUGAUGAACUAAGAAUACAAACAGAAAAAAUAGGCUAUCCCGUCCUUGGGGUAGUCAAACAGAUAGUCCAAAAAGUAAACAGUCUCCAACCUGGUUUAGGCGAAUGGGUUCACUGGGGUGCUACUACCCAGGAUGUCACCGACACCGCAACAAUCCUACAACUUCGGGACACUCUCGAUCUAGUCUCAGCGACGUUAAACGCAAUUACCUCGGACCUUCGUCGUCUCUGCCAAACUCACAAAACAACCCUUAUGGUAGCUCGCAGCAACCUUCAACAAGCCGUACCCAUGACCUUUGGCUUCAAAAUGGCCCGCCUCCUCGCCACCUUUGAACGCCACAAACAACGUCUUGCUGAAAUAAAAUCCCGUCUGCUUGUGCUCGAGUUCGGUGGCGCUGCAGGGACACUCGCCACUAUCAAAGAUGGCCGGGGUCUCGAAUGCCAAGCAGCUCUUGCCCAGAAAUUGAGUUUGUCGGUCCCAGAGAUUGCAUGGCAUACAGAACGUGAUCGUAUCGCGGAGGUUGGCGGCUUUUUCGCGCUUCUUACGGGGACCUGUUCUAAAUUCGCCACGGACAUCAAGCUCAUGAUGCAAACGGAAGUCGGAGAGAUCUCAGAACCAUUCUAUCCACACCGCGGUUCCUCUUCGACGAUGCCACAGAAGCGUAAUCCCAUCUCCAGCGUGUAUAUCACCGCCAUGGGCGCGACUGUCCGUCAGCUCUCUGCAGCGCUGUAUGAUGCUAUGGUUGAGGAUCAUGAGCGCGCGACGGGGCCUUGGGAGAUAGAGUGGAUUGUUCUCCCGCAGAUCUGUACUCUCACUCACGCUGUGUUAUUGCAUACGUCCGAGCUUAUUACAGGGUUGGAAGUGCAUUCAGACGCUAUGAAGAGAAAUCUGGAAAUCACAAGGGGCGGCGUGGUAAGUGAGGCUGUCAUGAUGGGCCUCGCUCCAAAAUUGGGACGACAAUUUGCGCAUGAUUUGGUUUACGAUCUGUGUAGGCGGAGCGUCCAGGAGGAUCUCCCCUUGUUGACACUGCUCUGUGCGGAUGAUAAAGUCCGGGAGAGCGGGCUAUCGAAAGAGGAGCUCGAGGGGCUCUGUGAUCCAGCUAGUUACACGGGAUUGUCCGUGGAAAUGGUUGAUCGUGUUUUGGCAGAUACUUAUCCCGGUUAGUAAAUAAGACUUUGCCCGCUAUCAGUUGAUUUCUGUGUAGGACCGCAAGGGGGUUUAUCAGCUAUCGCUUAUCGCUUUCCACGUUCCCCGAUUAUCACGCUAGGUCGUACACACACUAUUGUUACAGCAAGGUUCCAUGAUGUCCUACAUGCCCGGGGUGAUGCCAGUCCUCGUUAUGGCGUGCUGAGCACACGAUACUAAUCUCCGCCGAAAGCAUCAGAGCUGCACACCUUGCAUGGUCACCCGGACUAUGUACAUUAGUUCUUCUGUCUCACUUGCCGCACCAGCCCAGAUUUGUUUGUACCUGCCAGAGUCUCAUGAGAUCGUCUGACGGUUGACACAUACGGCGGAUUCCAUAUCUGAUAACAUCAUACACUGGUGCAAUUUUGGCCAGUUUUUUCUUAAUUUGACACC